GGCGCAACUAAACUUUCACUUCAGAUGAGUUGCGCUUGGAGAGACGGUACCCUGCCUUGCUCUAGUUGUCUCGCGUUCUUGCAGAUCUGGCGCAAACCUGCCAACCCAUCCACUUCCUGUAGACAGCAAGUCCAUCCCUAACGGAGGAAAACAAAGAGGAAGGAAUAAUUUUACUACGUGUUCUAAAUAACGCGUUCUGAAGAGCAAUCUCCACUUGCCCGUCCGUCCGGGCUAGAAUAACGUCUUAUGCUUUAUAUCGCGUGUGUGCUGGGAGGCCGUUGUGUAGAAGGAAAACACGCUGUGGGUGCAAAAUAGAACUGUAUUAACACCGAAGAUCUAUGGCACGGAUGAUACCAUUGACGCUCAACUUUUUUGCAUGAAAGUGAAAUCAGUUCAAGCGCUGAGCUUGGGAAGCGAACGCAACCUACUUUAAGCUAUAUCAGAAUACCAAGUGCUUUCAUGUAUUGGAAAAAUGAGGUCUUGGCCCCUCUACCAGAGGGAGAUCAGUUUUUAUCCGAAGGAAUUCCCGCAAAACAGGUCAUUUCUCCAGGAAUGCAGCAGAGUGCACCGGGUGCGUCGCGCUGUGUGGAAGCCGAACACGAACGCGUCAUGUCUCACUCUGACGGAGAAUCCCACCGAUCGAACAUGGAGAGAGAGGACACGCGCUCCUCCCCGAGUCCCCCCUCUACUCCGUCUAUCUGCUCGCCUACCUCCACCGCCUCCUCGGUGCUGUCCACCCGGAAGAACGUCUGCGCGAGCUGCGGUUUGGAGAUCCUGGACAGAUAUCUUCUCAAGGUGAAUAACUUGAUCUGGCACGUGAGGUGUCUGGAGUGUUCUGUCUGCCGGACGUCGUUGCGUCAACACAACAGCUGUUACAUCAAAAACAAAGAGAUCUUCUGUAAAAUGGAUUAUUUCAGGUUCGGUACAAAGUGUGACCGGUGUGGACGCCAGAUAUAUGCCAGCGACUGGGUGCGUCGGGCCAAGGGCAACACCUACCACUUGGCGUGCUUCGCCUGCUUCUCCUGCAAGAGGCAGCUGUCCACGGGGGAGGAGUUUGGCCUGGUGGAGGAGAAGGUGCUCUGCAGGAUCCACUACGACACCAUGGUGGAGAACCUCAAACGGGCUGCCGAGAAUGGUAGUGGCAUCACUCUGGAGGGGGCAGUGCCGUCAGAGCAGGACAGCCAACCCAAGCCUGCCAAGAGAGCACGCACCUCCUUCACUGCUGAGCAGCUGCAGGUGAUGCAGACUCAGUUUUCACAGGACAACAACCCUGAUGCACAGACCCUGCAGAAAUUGGCGGACAUGACGGGUCUAAGCAGGAGAGUCAUACAGGUUUGGUUUCAAAACUGCAGAGCAAGACACAAAAAGCAUACCCCCCAGCACAGCGGACCCCCACAAGGCCAUCCCCAGUCCCGGAUGCCCCCCUCGCUGCCUGACGACCUGCAUUACUCCCCCUUUGGAAGUUCUGAGAGGGCGCGCAUGGUGGCCCUGCACGGAUACAUCGACAGUGAGUGUUACAUAGGCCACCCGUUCUCUGUUCUAGCGACACAGAGCCUGAACCCCCAUCAAGCAAUGUCGCUGUCCCAGCUACCCCUCAGCCGCUAACUAACGGAUGCUGCCGCUACACCCCUGACCUCUGACCCAUGAACCCUGACCUCCCAUCAGCAACCUCCGUUCGCCGACUCGACCCGAGAGGUCAAACAUGAUGACUUACGGAGAGGAUCAAGAUUCAAGAUGCCUGAGAGACCGAGGCAGAGAGAGACCGAGGCAGAGAGAGACCGAGGCAGAGAGAGACAGAGAGACAGAGAGACAGAGAGACAGAGAGACAGAGAGACAGAGAGACAGAGAGACAGACAGACAGACAGACAGACAGACAGACAGACAGACAGACAGACAGACAGAGAACUCUUUUUCUAUGAACAGGAUCAUGAUUAUAUAUCCCACCUAUUGUUGUCAUGGAGGACAUGAGCCCUUCCUUUUGCUAACUGGGACUUAUUCACUGUCAAGACACAUUCAACACGACUAUGAGCUCUCUGUGCGUGCAGAAAUGGACUGAAAGGACUCUUCUCUCCAUCCUCUGAAGGGAGUGAUGGGACCAGGCUAACAGGAAUACAGCCUCAUGUGUGCUGUCAGAUUUACUCAUGAGGAGAAAAAAACAGCAAGGGUUUGGGCUUGUGGGCUGGGCAAGAGACACUGAGGUAAGAAACCUCCCCUUUCGCUCUGUGAUGAUACCAUGAAGGAAUGCAAAAUAACUGAUAGUUUUGGUGUGGAAUCUGCUACGAACUAAAAACGAAUACGAAUUUUUAAAUCACAGUUGUUAGUAUUGAUGUUGUAUGAAAUCAUCAGGUAAUCAGCUCUUCGUUAAAGGGAAAUGUAAAAAAAAAAAUGAAACUACAUAUUCAUUUUCUCCAGCACCAGCCCAACAUCAAUAUACAGUCGAACUCUGAAGUUUACAUAAACUUAGGUUGGAGUCAUUAAAACUUGUUUUUCAACCACUCCACAAAUGUCUUGUUAACAAACUAUACUUUUGUAAAGUCAGUUAUGAUAUCUAAUUGUGCAUGACACAAGUCAUUUUACCAACAAUUGUUUGCAGACAGAUUGUUUCACUGUAACACAAUUCCAGUGGGUCAGAAGUUUACAUACACUAAGCUGACUGUGCCUUUAAACAGCUUGGAAAAUUCCAG